CUCUUUUAAAGUGCAGUCUUGAAUGCGUGCUGAUACACAUGGCAAGCAGGGAAGAGUGAUUUAAAGUCCUCUCCAGUAUGCAGGAGGAGAAGGAGGAGGAGGAGGAGGAAAAAAAGUUGAAAAUGUCCAACUGUACUGACGCUGGGGGGCUGAUGUGCUCGUUAAGAAUCAGGAGAGAGCAUCAGCAGAGCAGGUCACCCUGUUUCUCACAUCACAGCCCCAUCAGAAAUUCUUUCAAGUGUCCUUCUGCGUCGCCAAAGAUGACAACGGCGAAUCGAUAAGCGCUUGAAAUGAAAAGAAGCCGCCGGUUUGCCCCCGAGGCGAAAGAUUUCAUACCCGCCAGCCUUCUCUGAACUUCAGGCAUUCCUCUGCACCUUUCUGCGUGAGAAAGAGGAGGCUCUUGACUGAUUUUUUUCCCUCUCCCUCUCUCUCUCUUUCGCUUUGUAUAAGAAGGUAAGAGGAGAAUAUAGCAGGACCAUCACGCCUCUCCAGACGCAGCUUACCCUCUUUUUCUCCGCGUGCAGGCGGGGCGUGAUUUGAAGAUGUGCAUGCAUGGUGCAGGGUUGAUAUUUUUCUUGGUCGUUUGCUCGCUCUUUCAUGUGUGUGUCUCUUUGUGUGUGUGUGCACGUGUUUGUCCAUGCCUUUUCGUGCAUGUGCCACAUCCCAACACCUAAUAUUAAAAAAGCGCACGGGUCAAAUUUUGGAGAACAAAGCGAGCCGUGUUGGCAAAUAUGCACAUAUUUAUUUUUCCCUUUAUUGGUUUGCAUUUGACCAGCCGCUCUGUGUCUGCACGAGUGGAAAAUUAAUAAAAUAUGGCCUUCUUAGGCCCUUUGAAGAUGAAUAAAGAGGAAUUUGUGCGUCAAAACUUACUUAAUGCAAAGGCUUUACUUCUGAUUAAAUCACCUCUUUCGUGUAGCUGUUUUAAAUGACAUUAACCCCUUUAUUUACCCCCAUAUAAGGCUGUGAAUAAGCGUUUACCAUACUAUACCAGGAUCCUGAGGCGGUGUGUGUUUUUUUGCAGGGGGGUGUGUGAUGUGCACGUUUUGCUUCAGUGUCCCCUUUUGCCAGGAAAUUCCCGUGUGGAUGUGCGCAUUAAUUACCGCUUUAAUGGGAGUAUGACUAAAAAUGUAAAAGAAGGAUUAGGCGCAGUGAACGCGGGGCCUGCGUCCGGUCUGCCUGCCUCACUUAAGAUGCGAAUGGAAGAAAAAAAAUCAGUCUGUAUCUAACGAAACGGAUCUAUAAAGAACAUUUGCAUCCGAGCCAGCUGUUCACUUCAUCUGCACAUAAAUCCGCAACACGAUAGGGCUCUGUCUGGCCCUGGAGAAGAAGACUAAUGCAUCCAUUUAAAUACCUUCUCUGUUACCUCUGAAUAUUCAAAACGCAGAACAUGUUAAAUAAUGUUGAAUCAGAGGACAUAUUGGUCAAAUAAUGCGCUUGAUUGGGCAUUAAAUUUCUGAUUACAUAAUCGGCUGGUACAUGAGGACAAUCUGAGACUUUGACAGGGAAUAUCUGUGAGUGUAAAGAGGCAGAUUUGGUUAUAAAUCUGUGGUUGUUGUGUCGAUUGUUUAUCUAACGCGCACUUUGGAUAAUAAGCAGUUUAGCCGCUUACUUUGAAUCGCAGGUUUGAUGAAAGCAAAUUGACCCGUUUGAUGAUUUGAAGGUGCAUCUUACAGUCAAAUCACCGGGGCGGGCUGACAGAAAAGCGCUCUCCCUGUUUUGUUUUUUUAUUUUCUAAUUUUGUUGCUUUUUGUUUUUUUUUCAAACAUGCACGCCCUUUUUAAAGAUGCCGCUCUGAUUUUUUUUUCUCUUUGAUUGUUGUUGAAAGUUGAGAGCCUCUCGCCCUCUGCUAGACUUCACAGGCACAGCCGCGUAUAUACACAAACACACCCCUUUAAAAGCACACACACACACACACACACACACACACACGCACACACACACACGUAGACGCGCGCGGGGUCCCUCUCCGAGCUCAAAAGACAGAGGGAAAAAAAUGCGCCACUCUUGGAGCGUCUUUCAAGGGGGAAAAGUUAAGGAAGAGAGAAGAGGACGAACCAAGGGGAGACUCGGAUGAAAGCGCCUCCUUCGCUAUUUCUCCACGCUCUGUAAAUAGAUGCUUAUUUAUGCGCAUAAAUGAAAGAAACCUAAACGGUAGCGCUGCGUCUCUCACUUUUUUUUGGGAUAACGUAGCAGAGGAGCCACAUCCAAAAAAAAACCCAACAACAACAACGACAUAUUUCUGGACACAAACUUCCACUUUCCAGCGUCUUCAGCGGGACUGUGAAGUCGCCUGAAUCCGCGUAGGAGACACAUCUGCAGGCGUGUGAGUGAGUGCGUUUGGACGGUGGGAUUUAUCUCUUCAACUGUAGCGUUAAACGCCGACGGCUUUGGAGAGAAAUAAAGCUCAUCGGUGUCAGCAGCUGGUAAGUGUAGCAAAGGGAGAAGGAGUUGGAUAGAAAUAAUGAGACGUGAGUUAAUGUAAGUGGAGGAAUUUGCUCCACGGCGUGUGUUUUUUAUGGCUGCGCGGUGCGUUUAAAGACGCGUAAAAGCACGAAGGGAUGUCAGGGAAGGGUUAGCCUCAGGUGGUGAUGAUGAUGAUGAUGAUGUAGCUAUUACAAGUAGUGAUGGUGAUAAAAAGAGGAAGGUAAGCAGAAUUCAUUUAGAAGAAGACAGAAGAUAUAUUUGUGAAUUUGAUAUUUGGGUCAUUUUAGCUCGUCUGGUUGUUGGUGUGCCAAAAAUUACGCACGGUUAUCCGUAAAGUUAAUAAAAUGCGCAUUUCUUUUGGUUAAAAACUUGGAAAAAGUUAAAAAUUCAUUUAAAAUCGUUUAUCAUUUAGAAGCUAAUUUUAAAAGUGAUGUUAGUUCAGUUGCUUUUCUUCUCUUUUUAUCAUUUUGUAAUAUAAUAAGAGGAAAAAAUGCGUGAAAAAAAGGAAAAAAAAGAGGCGACGUUCACGGUCUCGCGCCUUUAAUUAAUACAGGACCAUAUGGUGGAGGUUAGUCGAUUCAUCUCCCGGUAAAGGCUGCUGCAGUCUCAUGCUCUACUGUGUUAAUUUCACAAGUAAAGCCAGUGUGAGGCCAUGCCAGCUUUCUGUCUGCGCUGGGCCUCGUGCCACGUGAGUCACACUGACUCACAUCAACUGUUGGUGAGAGGAGAGAGCGCGCGAGAGACAGAGAGCGUCCGUGCACCGAGAGUGAAUAGAUGAGACGAGAUUAAAAUCACUAAUCAUAAUAAUAAUGCCGCUGCUUUAUUUUUAACCCCGCUGCUGGUGGCUCUGCACUUGGGCAUAUGUUAAAGAGAAAAUAGAAAAAUGAGGUUUAAUAAACACAGACAGUCACAAAACGACAAUAGAGGGUUUUAUUAGGUUUAAUAUUAAUAUUAUUAUUAUUUAUAAGUCGUAUGUAAAAUAAUUUUCCCUCAUGAUCCGUUUAAAUUUCUCGCUUUUUCUCUAUUUGGUGCGUAAAAAUCAUAAAACAGGCCGUCUGGUAUAUAAUAUUUUUAAUGCAAAGUUCAAUAUUUUUUUACUACAUGCUUUGGUUUUUAAGUCCUCAAAAAGAAAAUAAAUUUAAACGUUUUAAAAACAGUUUUUCUCUGUGUAUAAAACAGAGGGUGUGAUUCCACAGGCCUCCUCGCAGCCUCAUACAGCAGGGUGAAAUAUUGGAGGCUCCCCCUCAUUAAAUCUCACUGAUUAGAUAACACUGGGCCGCGCGCAAUAACCUCCCACCUUACAGCGUGACCCCCACUAUUUCAUUUUGCUGUGAGAAUACAGAGCUCGGAGGAAGAGGAGAGGUUGUGCAGGUACACACCAGAAAAACUUAACCUCCAAUAUCUCCGUGUUUUAAAUGAAAGAGAGGAGGAGAAGAGGCGCGCAGAUGAUGUAGAGCAGGUGAAGGGAGGAACUGAGGAAAAUGGUUAACAGCAUGACUGCAUGCAAAUUCCCCCCGACUUGAAUUAUCAUAAGCAAACAGUGUGAGCCUGGACUAAUAAAACCCCAUCUGUGUAACUUCAUAUCGAGGUAGUAGAAGGGCUGCGAUAAUGAAUUUUGUAAUAUCCCACCGACAGACAUCUCAAUCAGACUCUAAUCCCGUGAUUUUACUACGGAAUCACUGCACUCCCAACUGCUGCAGGCUGCUGCUGCACAACACCAGAGCCGAACCCGUGCAGAAACACAGAUCUGGACUCAGACACACAAACAUGUCAGGAGAAAAAAAUAUAUAUUAUAAAACAUGAAGUCAGUGAACAAUUCAGUGAAAAAACUGCCUCAGAAUAAGAGUUUAAAGAUUUUUUUUUUCAAUCUUUUUUUAUUUGGAGUUGAAGAAUCAUUUUCUAUAAUGAUAGCCUCAUGCGUAAACAGAUGUUCCACCUUAAAAACAAAUGUACUACUAAAUAAUAUAUAUAUAUAAAGACAGGGGGAGAAAUUACAAACGGAGAAAUUUUGCAGGUUUUUAAAAUCAAAUGCUUUUUUUUUACAUCCACACUCCAUUUUUUUUUUGCACAUCCCAGGCAUUUUAGGUGCAACAUUCAUCCUCUCACUAAACCACUUUUCUCGUUAUGUGCUAAAAAGACUUGACGCGUGAUUGAGUCCAGAGGCAGAGUUGUGGCAGUGAUCAUCACAGGGGGUUGUUUAUGGUCUGAAAGGUUAAUUAUUGUUCUUUUAUCUGUUUUUUUACAGAAGCGGUUUACUUCAAUUGCCAUCAUGGACUCCCACUGCCGCAAACUGGCCACCACCUGCGCGCAAAUAGGUGAGUGUGUGAUCUCUGUGUGUUAUUUAUUUUGAGCACUUAAAGCCUCUAUAGAAUAAAUACGAUUAAAAACGUUUUUCUAUAUAAGAUUAAAAAUUGGAAGAAAAAACAAUAAUACUCCACUUUAUUUAAUAUAUAAAAUCAUGUUAGUUGUCUUGGAUUUUCGUUCAUCUGUUAAACUGGAAUUAGGUUAAAGCUACAGAUUUUAAUUUACUGCAUUUCCCCCUCUCUAGAAAUGUCCAAAAAAUCCAACCUGACCUUUUUUAAAAUCUAAUUAGUUGUUUAUGUUUAGAAAAAUUACUCACUCACGUUCAUUAAUUGUUCACAGAACCCUAAAAACUUUUUGCUAAAACAUAAAAAAUAUUCCUGCUUUUAUUCCCUGAAACUGCUGCUGGCUUUCUCACACGUUUAAUUUUCUUUCACUCUUUGCUUUCUUUCAUCUUUUUUUGGAUUUACAGUCUGGUAUCAGAUUAAAAAAGAUGCUCUAAUCUGAUUUUUGUAGUGUGUGUCACCGGUUUUGUUAAGAAAAGUCCAGUUAUUCCUGAUAUUUUGGCCUCUUUGCUCAUCAGUGCUGUGGAGUAAUAGGAGGUGAUCAGGUUGUUUGCUGUGUUAGAGUGACACCUGGUGGUCGAAUGUGGAAUUGCACACAAACCUCUCAGGCCAUUAAGACGAAGAUUUGAUGAGUUAUGCAGUCAUUUUGUUUGAAUUCUGCCAUGAAAACCUCUUGGUUAUAACAAAUUGGAAAAUUACAGAGAGGAGGAAAAAUUUAUGUGAUUAAAAAAUAGUAUUUUACAUUUUUGAUUUGCUCGGUAACUCAGUUGGAAUAAAAACUCUAACAGGAGACGGCACAAAAUCUGGAAAUCCCUUUCCUGGGAUUUAUUAAUUAUUCUCCAAUGUUUGUGUGGAAAUAACAUCAAGUCCAGUUAGGAUCUUAAAUGAAUAACCAAUACCUCUCAUUCUGCUUCGUUUAGCCACCAUUGACGCGCCCGUGUGGCAGAGGGCAAUGUGAACGACCAUUGAUUAAGAAUAAUAAGAUAAUAAGAUAUAGACAGCAGCAGCAGCAGCAGCAGCGUACACUGUUGUCGCUGUAAUAUAUGCAGCGCUUGUUGGAUUGACUCCGGGGAAAACUCAAAGUAUAAUGAAAGCCCAUUCGUGAGCAGGAAUAUACUAAUGGAGGAAUCUGAUGUCUCCUUAAUCCUAUGUAAAAAGCCUUGUCGUCUCCCCCCUAUAUUGACUGAAUUGCUAAUUAAUGGCCCUCUAUGGCGGAGGCCUAUUGCGCGCGGUAAUCCGCAGAAGAGAGAUAAAGCAUUCAGAAGGUAGAAAUGAAGAGGAAAGCGAUAAUCCACUUCAAGUUUAGUAUUAAAAUACGACUGCAGGAAAGAAAAGGAGCAGCAGACUCAUCGCUGCUGGGCAUACAAUAACUGAACACACAGGAAAAGGUUGUUUAUUUACGGCUGGUUUUAAUAAAGAAGCGCGGUUUUUCUUAAAGGAGCAAUUUAUUUUUUUCCACGCAUGACUUUUAAAUUGAUCGUAAUAUUCCCAUUAACAAUAUAUUUUACUAAUUAGAAAUAAUUACAAGUUUCUACAUCGAGAAAGAAACUUAUUAUUAUUAUAAAAACGAAAAAUUCAAAUUCUAAACAUGGAUGUCUUCAGUGUCCAAACAAGGGUUUAUCGCUCCAUGUGAGAGAUGAUUGGCUGUUCAGCUUUGAUUAGAAAAAAAAUAUCUUCCCUCCCUCAGUGUGUGUGUGUGUGUGUGUGUGUGUGUGUGUGUGUGUGUGUGUGUGUGUGUGUGUGUGAAGUCUAUGGUUCCUCUGCUGGUAUUUAUAUAUCAGGGGCUUUCACGGGAUUAGCCCAGUAACUUCUUAACAUCGCCAAGUCCAAAUGUGCCGGCUGAGUGGGGAGUCCGGCUGCCCACGUGGACAUGGGAAGUGUGUUAUUAUAUGAUGAGGAUGAUUAUGGGGAUGCAGGCCUGUUGUAUGUACACUAAAUAGCCAGAACUUCAUCAAAGUUGACAGUCAUUUUUCACCUCUGAUUGGCGCGCGUUUCUCCUCCAUUCAUUCCAUCUCUCCAGUCACCUGUUACCCAGCUGACAUUUCUCCACCCUCAAACUCCCACCCUCAAAAAAUUAAACUCGCAUUUGUUUGAUUAGACGUGUUUACUUUCCUCCGAACGUGUCACAAUCUUUGGGGAAUUAUAGGUUAGAAAAAAAGUGCCGGCGUAUCAGGCUCAAACUCAUUAAAAGUCCUCCUUCAGAAAUUCUUAAGCAAAUGAGAGUCUUAUCAGAUUAAAAAAAACACUACAGGAGAGCUGGAUGAGGGGUCCAAACGCGAAGUGCGGAUGGAGAUCCAGUUAAGCACCCAGAUAAAGUAAUCCGUCGUCAACAAACUGAGAGUGCUCCGGUGGGGUUGAUUUAAUGGAUAUUUGAACCCGAACUCUGAGGAGAUCAGGAGGAUCGCCUCAUUUGACAACUGGUAUGACUGACGAGGUUUUUCCUGCGCGUGUCGGCUGUGCACGCGAGGAUGCAGGGCAUAGUAAACCACUGAGUCAGUUUGGUUAUAUACUUGGACUUUACUAUGAAAACGCACUAAGAGGUAUCCGGGUUUGCAGUGCGCAAACGUGCGUAAAAUCUGGUUAUUGGUGCUUGUUGACUCAAUGAUUUAAAGGCCUAUUUGUUCUUUUUAUUUCUGCUGCUGUGGUGUCUCGGAAUAAUAUGUCACUUUGAAUAGUAAACCCCUGAGUCAGUUUGGUUAUUUACUCGGACUAGAAUAUGAAAAUGCACUGAUAAGUGUCCAGUAUUGCAGUGCGCAAACGUGCGUAAAAUCUGUUUUUUGGUGCUUGUUGACUCAAUGAUUUUAAGGCCUAUUUUUUCUUUUCUUUUCUUCUGCUGCUGUAGUGUCUUGGAAUAAUAAUAUGUCACUUUGAAAAGCCUGCAUCGCCGUGAAGGCUUGCACCAGUUGCACAUGUGCUCCUUUUAACAUACUGCACAUGUCUGGCAGUUAGCGUCAGUUGACAAGUGCGCACAGACACUUUUGGAGCAGACUGGCACAUCCCUCCAUUUAUUCUCUUCCUCCUGCGCCCUCGCUUUCAAAGAAAGAAUCACUGUGCUGUGGUGGUGGGUUUCUGUGUUUGCACUGUGCAUAUUUCUUUCAUACAGCCUUCAAUACAAUCCGCUCGGUGGCUCGCUUUAUCCACAUUGAGUCCCUGAGUAAACUGCGGUGACAGAGCCUGCAAGCACGCGGCUCAGUCUGGGUAUCAAUAGAACGGCUUCGUUUUACUGGGCCACUGGACCCAUCUCAUAAAAUGAGGCCAAACUGUGUUAUUUUCAUUUUUAUUUGGUCUUGGGCUGCUGCGCAACUGCAGCUCGGAGCGCCGCGGGUACACCGUGCGUCCCAUCUCUCUUUACAUGCUUUUAUUUGGAAGAGAAAAAAUAAGCGCCAGAGCCGGCAUAAACACAUUGGCACACAUAUCUCGUUUCUGUAUGCUCCGGUUGGUUGCUCCCACCGUGGAUGUGCCUGUCAGAGAUGGGCGGGCGCAACAUGGUGACGUGGAGGUCUAGAGAAGCGCUGUUGGACAGUGUGCAGGCAACAGCUGAAAUGAACAGAGCGGUGGAGUGUGUGUAUGCCUCUGGAUCUAAUAUCACCUACCUGUCCUUGUCACUCUGAUAGUCAGCCGAGGUAGCCGCUGUUUACAGCCGAUGCUAUGGCAGCACUCAGUGGUCUAUUUUAAAGCGAUUUCCAGUUAAACCAGAAAGAGGGAACCGCAGCAGGAACGGCUCAGCUGUGCGUCUUUUUGGACAACUGAACACAUUCCGCAGACGGACUUUCCGCCCAUCCUCGCUGAUCUAAAGGAGACUAAUCUGCUUUUGACAGACAGUUUUGCGAUCUUUUACCCAUGAACUCUAUGAGGGAUCCAUUAAACAUAGACCAUCACCACCUAACAGGGAAUAAACUCGCCUCCACGCACCACACGGCUCUGGCGAUGGCCUCUAGUUUACAGCCGCUGCAGCGGACGGUGGACUCUAAACACCGGUUAGAGGUGCACACGGUGUCGGACACAUCGAGCCCAGAGUCAGUCGGUAAGAACCGCGCGUGGUGCAGACAUUCCCAGCAAGGCGAGGGAACAGAUGUCGCCCUGCUAUCAAAGAAAAGAUGGCUCCAAUUAAUCAGGAUAUAUGGUGUUUUACAUGCGUCUAAAUAAGGGAAGUCAGCUGUCAUUUUACGCAAAGAUAAUUAGUUUUGACAGUGGCUCGUGUGUGGUGAGGGAGUGAAAAGUUUCUGUGCUAUGCAAAUGAAAGACAGCUUGUCAGUGUCAACAGGAAUUAGUCAGAUAUAUAACUGAUAUCUCCGGUGUCAGAUGAAACUAUAAGGUCAGCUUAGAGCUCAUAGGAAUAAAAAUGAAAUAAUGGGGAGUGUGCGUGGCUCAUUUUAGCGUUUUAUCCACAGAGAAGUCUGACCGUGAGAAGCUCAGCCAUGUCCAAACAGUCUCACUGAUCCAGGAGUCUUUUUUUCUCCCUCCUUUCUAUAGAACACAGGCCCUAAUCCUCCUGUCCCUGACUUCACUUCUCUCCCCCUUUUGACAGAAAAAGAAAAGAUCCAGAAUAAAAACGACGACUCCUCAGAUGACCCGUCCAAAAAGAAGCGGCAGCGGCGGCAGAGGACUCACUUCACAAGCCAGCAGCUGCAGGAACUGGAGGCCACUUUCCAGAGGAAUCGCUAUCCGGACAUGAGCACGAGGGAGGAGAUAGCUGUGUGGACCAACCUCACAGAGGCCCGGGUCAGGGUGAGUACUCCCUAGGGUGCAUUCAGAAACAACUCCUGUGUUGAAUUUCGGGUAAUUUGUACGGACUGUCCGGUUCACCUCAAACUACCGUGUACCUUGAUGUUUUUACGCACAGACGCAAACUUUACGCACGGCUGAUACGCCCCUGAAGACGGUGUUUGACACAGUUUUUAGCUGCAAAAUAAAUAAUCAGAAUCUUGUUUAAAUAAACGAGCUCAAAUUCAUUAGAUAGGAUGUGUUUAUCUGUGAGCCUAAAAAUAAUUCUAAGCCUCUGCACACAAUACUAAAUAAACAGCUCUGCCAAACGCUGCUUUGUGAUUCUCGGAACAUUUUUAAUCUUUUCCGUAAUUUGAUUGUAAAACUGAGAAGAAAUCGACUUUUUUAUUUGCUCAUUAGGUGUAAUUACACAUUAUUAGGGUUGUUAACAGUUGAGGGUUUUGACUCCGUUGGUGGCAGAUACCAGUCAUGUUCCUCUGUUCGUGUGAAAGAGGUGCAAAGCUUGUAUUUUGCGAUUGUCGCCCUGGUGUUGUGUGAUUAAGGUCAGCAGAGGAAUACACAUCCUCUCCACUUAAAGAUGGUGCAGUGACAGCGCGGUGUGUAUUCAGUGCUGAUAAACACGGAAUCAAAGCAGGGGAGUUGUCUGUGCAGAAAUCAGUGGAUGGAUUCACACACAAGUUUCAACUGUUUGGAUUUUUUUAUGUGGAAUUUUUUACGCAUUAAGUUAAAAUUUAAAAAAUCCGCAAAUGGAGCUUGUACAGAUUUUGCACUGUAAGGAAUUUGACGUCUCUGUGAGGAAAAUGUUCAAGUCAAAAUUAUUUUCUAACCUUUCCUUAAUUUCUUUGUCCCAGGUUUGGUUCAAAAACCGGCGAGCCAAGUGGAGGAAACGGGAAAGAAACCAGCAAGCCGAGCUCUGCAAAAACGGCUUCGGCCCGCAGUUCAACGGACUCAUGCAGCCCUACGAGGACAUGUACCCCAGCUACACAUACAACAACUGGGCCGCCAAGGGCCUCACGUCGGCCUCUUUAUCCACCAAAAGUUUCCCUUUCUUCAACUCCAUGAAUGUCAACCCCUUGUCCUCGCAGACCAUGUUCUCGCCGCCAAACUCCAUAUCCUCCAUGACUUCCAGCAUGGUGCCCUCGGCGGUGACGGGCGUGCCGGGCUCCAGCCUCAACAGCCUCAAUAACUUGAACAACCUCAGUAACCCGUCCCUCAACUCGGGGGUGCCCACGCCGGCGUGUCCCUACGCGCCGCCGACCCCUCCUUACGUGUACAGGGACACUUGUAACUCCAGCCUGGCGAGCCUGAGACUGAAAGCAAAGCAGCACUCGAGUUUUGGAUACGCCAGUGUGCAGAAUCCGGCCACUAAUCUGAGCGCUUGCCAAUACGCCGUGGACAGACCAGUCUAAUACCUACCUGCACUGCAAAAAAUCACCCCCUUAACACUUCAUUAGAGGCUGCUUUAAGUGUUAUUUUUCCUCUAAAAGGGAGGGAGCGAGUCUGGCUGGGAGAUAAUUGUAUUUCUCGUGUGUUUUGGGGAAAUUUCUUGAUCAUAUGGCGUUUUUUUUUCCAAUACUAGUCUGAGCGUGAUUUGCAUUUUCUGACUUUAUUAAAAAUUAAGCCACUUGUUCCUCGAAAAUUCCCAAACACGCCAAGAAAAAAGUGACGUUAUUCCAAAGCACAUGUUGAUACUUUUAUUUGGAAAUGGGGGAGUCGAUCAGAUUCUGAAGCCCAGAUGACUUGUUUUGGUGGCCAUUUUUUGCAGUGUGUGGGUAAUUACAAACAGCCGGCCACAGGAACAAGAGACUACUACAGCUACUUUUUUCAUUUUUUUCUUUUUUGUUUUCAAAAAAAAGGGCACUAGAAGACUGAACCACUGAAGCAAGCUCACCUCCAGCUCGGAGCACCAACUGAAACGGGAGAUUUUUUCGCUUUAAGCCCCUGUUUUUUUGACGAGCACAGGCCUGCUUCACUGUCAAGAAAAAAACAGGCUGUUUUCAUUUUUCAGAGCUCGUCAAGGAGGGUCUGUUUUUCUCUUUUCUUUCUCUGGUGGAUUUUUGGACGUUAAUUGUUGACUGAAAAAAAAGGUUGUAUAUAUAUAUUUGACUUCUCAUCUCCUGUUUUUGUCGAGGCGAAUGCGCUAUAACCCUCCAAGUCCUCUCCAGGUUCAAUUUAUCAACGCAUGUGGAAGAAGAAGAAGAAGAAAAAAAACCCUUAAAAGGAAUCAUGUUUUGCUUGCAAACAAAAGGGAAUGUACAUACUAAAACGCACCAGUUGUGUGUUUCUAACAUAUUAUAAAUUUAUUAUUAAUGUCUGUGUGAAUAUCGAUUUAGAAUAGCAAUUCUGGAUUUAAAAAAAGAAGAAAAAAAAAAAGAAAGAAGCAUCAAAAAUGUUCCUGCGACAGAUUAUUUGGUUUUUGCUCUGUGUAUACUAUUUGGUACGGAAUUAUGUUUUUUUUUCCAACAUCCAAAAAAACUAUUGUGUUUUAUUUAAUGGAAGUAAAUAUAUUGUUGAAAACA